UGUGGGGAUGAUUCUAGAAAUCAUUGUCAUGUACCCCAUACAGCUCCGUUCAUACAGAGAUGGAAUCAAUAACCUUCUUGUUCUAUUGAUUGGAAGAAUACCUAUAGCUAUGCCAACAGUAUUAUCUGUCACACUCGCAAUUGGUUCUCAUCGACUCUCUCAACAGGGCGCCAUUAUGAAGAGGAUGACAGCAAUUGAAGAAAUGGCUGGAAUGGAUGUCCUCCGUAGUGAUAAAACUAAAACUCUUACCCUGAAUCGCCUCACUAUCGAUCAAAACCUUAUUGAGGUAUGGAAAGCUGACUUCAUCAAGUCUCAUUUUCCCUAAGCUAAUACAUACUUGAUGAUAAAUUUCUUCUAUACGUUUUUAACAAAGAUAUGGACAAAGACAUGAUUGUCUUGCUUU